AUGGUUAGAGAAGAAGAAGAUGGGGAUGAAGAACAGAAAGAAGAAGAAGAAGAUGAUAAAGAAAAAGAGCAGUGCAGAGAUAGAGGCCUGCGAAGAUAUCGAAUGUAUAAAAAGCUGAAUGGACAACAACAACAACAACAACGUCAACAUCAACAUAUCGCCGACAACAUUAACUGCAACAACAUCAACAACAACGCAAUCAACAACAUCUACGUCAUUCUCGUCAACGAAAACUUCACCAGCAUGAUUUCGGAUUCUCAUUCAAACAACAACAUCAACAACAAUUACAUCAACAACAGCAGUUACAUCAACAUUCUCAUCAACAACAACAACAACAUCAACAACAACAACACCACCAUCAACAAUAGCAUCAACAAUCACAUCAACAACAUCACCAACACUAUCAGCACGACAAAAAACAUCAACACGACAGAUGAGUAUUACUACAUAGAAUACAGUAACCUCAACAACAACUUGACAAUUGACGCCAUCAUAACAUCAACUUACGUUCUACUCAUACUCAGAGUAAUCUCCUAUCCCAUAAUAAUACUGGGUAUUCUGGGUAACACCUUAUCCUUUUAUGUUUACAUCAAAACCCCGAGAUUAUGCAAGCAGACGAGCAGUGUCUAUUUGGCUUUUUUGUCGGGAAUUAAUUUGUACAACAAGCCCUACGUAUGUCAGACUGUAUACUAUUGUAUGUCUGUCUGCUGCUUUCUGGCUCCGUGGACCGUUACUGGCUUUACAAUUGAGAGCGAAACAAACCCGGUUAGACCGAUAUGUAUAACAUCGAGUUCUUUUGAUAAACUUUACAAAAUGCUGAUGAACAUGGCUCUACCCUUGUUCUCGAUCCUGGGCCUCAAUGCUUCCAUAAUCCUUAAGAUACAUGACUAUACCAAACAAACAAAAAAACGUCUUUAUUUAUUUAGAUUUCAUGUUAAACAAAAUGCCAAAGACAUGUCUUUUGAGAAUGACAAAAAAUCUUUCGCUACCUUCGAUAAAACGAAUUUUAAAUUUGGUGGCAACAACAACAUUUAUAACAAUGAUAAUAAUAAUAAUGAUGAUAAUAAUAAUAAUGAUGAUAAUUUUAACGAUGAAGAUAUAAUUGAGAUAAGUAGAAAUAUUCAUGAGAGCAAUAAAAUAAUUUUAAAUAAUAACAAUAAUAGUAAAAAAACGAACAACAGUAAUAGCAGCGGUAAUAGCAACAACAACAACAACAAAAACAACAACAACAACACCAACAACAGCAAUAAUAAUAAUAAUAAUAUGAACAACAAUAGUAAUAAAGUUCCUAACAGUUCAUCUGGGAACAAUGCGGGGGUGCAGAAAAAUAAAGAAAUGAAUAAUAAUAAUAAUAAUAAUAAUAAUAAUAAUAAUAAUAAUAAUAAUAAUAACAAUAAUAAUAACAAUAAUAAUAAUAAUAAUAACAAAUAUGACAACUUUAUAAAACUAAAACAUCACCAACCAAAGCAACAAUAUCAGCAGCAGCAGCAAUUGCAGCAGUUUCAACAACCGCAAAAAUCCGAACAGUACGUCAAUCGACAUUUCCAGCCUCAACAACAGCUGCAAAUUAUUCACCUGGAAUCGAAAUAUAAUAAAAACUAUAAGCCACAACAACAAAAUCGUCAUAGGGCAUUUGUGAUUGACGACAACAACAACAACAACAACUCUUUCAACAUCAACUUCAACUGCAACAACAUCAAUAGCACCAACAACAACAGCUACAACAACAGUUAUGACGCCGCUGAAGACCGAUUUUCAUCAACGAAAUCGACUACAAAAUCGCAUUUACAAAAACGACGACAGCAGAUUCAGCGGCAACAACAACGACAACAACAACAAUAUCGUCAUUCGUACCAUCAACACAACAACAUCUGUCUGAGAACGAAGCGACAGCAGACUCAGCUGCGCAUAACACGUUCCCUGUUAUUGGUAUCAACGGCUUUCAUACUGCUCAACCUACCGAACUAUAUUUUCACCAUUAUGGGCCUCAUCAUGUCUUAUAGGCCCCAAACUUUGGACCAAAAUGGAUUUAGCAAUAGCGCUAUAUUAUUUAUUUGCUUCGGUGAGUUUGUCCAACUUGUGUACUGCAGCAAUUUCUCAUCCAGGUUUUUUCUUUACGUUACCUGUUCGCAACACUUCAGGUACGCGUUGAAACAACUCAACUGCCUCUCAUCACGUUUUCUACACAGAAGCAAAAAAAAUGGCCGAAAGAAAAAAGAACGAAAUGAGAAAUAA